GCCAGGGCCCCGCUUUUCUCCCCAGCGAUACCUGCAAUCGAGGUUUCCUCCCCAGGAGAUAGCAGCCUGUGAGCAUGGCUCAAGCAUUUGUGAACAGCAAAAUCCAGCCUGGGAAGGUAGUUGUGUUCAUCAAGCCCACCUGCCCCUACAGCAGUAGGGCCCAGGAGCUCCUCAGCCACUUGCCCUUCAAACAAGGGCUUUUGGAAUUUGUCGAUAUCACAGCCCGCAGUGACACCAACGAGAUUCAAGAUUAUUUGCAACAGCUCACCGGAGCCAGAACGGUACCUCGGGUCUUCAUCGGUCAAGAGUGCAUAGGUGGAUGCAAUGAUCUAGUAAAUAUGCAUGAGAAAGGGGAGCUGUUGACAAGGCUAAAGCAAAUUGGAGCUCUACAAUAAUUAUAGCAGAGCAGACCCCAGGCUGAUAUCCCCCUUGAGAGCUGGAUGGCAUUGCAGAUAACGACAGCACUUCCUUAUGGAUGGACCUGGGGCUACGUUUACCCAGCUACAGCAACUGUUUACUUAAAAGUUUGAAAUAUGUUAAUGCAAAUAAAAUGGGUGGGGGGCAUUUUGGGGGCAAAAAACAGCUUUUUCUUCUUUUGACUCAGUAUUAAAAGGGGACCAACUUGCCCAAAACAACAGGUCUGAGAAGUUCAAUGGGUGUCUCAGGUUUCUUGUGGAUUGGCCCUUUGGUUUCCAAAAAGACAAGAUAUGCUUAGGAUUCACUCACUGACCCAAAAGAUGUUCCUUCUCUUUGGCACAUGUUCCUUACUACGUGUUCUCCACAUGCUGGGGCUCCUCUACCUCAACACCAGUGUUUCUCAACCAAGUAUAUCCCAGACCUCCUGGGUUGAAUCUAUAGUUGGUUUUCUGCUACUGUCCAAAGAUUAUUUUGUUGAGUUUGACUUUAUAGAAUGUGCAUUAUGAAAUCAAUAGAUAUUCUGAAUAUGCUUUUUCAAAGGGUAUCUCCCUAGCCACCAUCCCCACCCCACCUCCUACGCCCUCCUACUGUGAGAAUCACUGCCGUGAACCAGUUUUCUGAACCGUGACAACUCAUAGACCUCAUAGGAAAUAUUCAACAAUUCCGUGAAGGGUCUGAGCACGCAGUCUGAGAGACGCCACUGAAAAGUUAAGCACAGUUGGUCUUCAUUUUGGGCCACAGGGAUCAGAGGUAUAAAUGCAGAUGCUACGAUCACGUGGUAACACUCUGUUAUGUAACAUGGUUGUCCAGGGAAUCCUGAACAAGUGUGUAUUAAUUUGUUUAUAAGCAAAAGUAAAACAUAAGGGCUUCCCUGGUGGCAAGUGGUUGAGUCCGCCUGCCGAUGCAGGGGACACAGGUUCGUGCCCUGGUCCGGGAAGAUCCCACAUGCCGCGGAGCGGCUGGGCCCGUGAGCCAAGGCCACUGAGCCUGCACGUGCGGAGCCUGUGCUCCUCAACGGGAGAGGCCACAACAGGGAGAGGCCCGCAUACAGCAAACAACAAAAAAGAGUAAAACAUAAAAUUUUAAAUGUUACAUAGAAAACUUGUAUCCCCACCUCCAAGAAUAUGUCUGUGAAAGUAGCCAAAUUUGGGAAACUCUGUUCUAAAUGAUUUUCUCUCUCCCCUUUCUUUCCCCCUCACUCUAUGAAAACUUAAGAAUUCCUUAUUGUGAAAGUUAUUCUAGAAUUGCAAGAUUAAGUUAAUAUCCCUCUGUAGUCUCUGGUAUGAAUGGUUAAUUUCUUCUCUAAUAAAGAAGUACCCAUGGAUCACA